UGUGAAAAAAAAAGAGAGAGUUGGGACAAAAAUGAGAAUGAGAGGUUGUUAGGCCAUAUGAUUUUACCAAAUUGGAUUUUGUGCUACGCAACGCAACCAAUCCAAACGCCUCGCAUCCAAAUUUCUGUCAGUUCGUUCUCAUCGCAAGAGCGGAUUUCCGGCAGCAAUUCGUUCAACUAAGAUUUCCGUGAAGGAGUUCGUUAAUUUCAGAGAAUAUGACAGAGCCGCCAUUGAAACCUGUUCUCCAGAAGCCUCCGGGGUAUAAAGAACUGAAUCUCGCUGCUCAGCCGGUGGUGAGACCGUCGGCGAGGAAAUUGAUUCUUCCUUCGCCGAUGAACCAGAAGAACAAGAAGCGACGGAGCUUCUGCCGUGGAUGCUGUUGUUUCCUCUGCUUUUUCCUUCUGAUUCUGAUCAUUGUGGCUGUCGCCGCUGGUGGAGUUUUAUACCUCUGGUUUGAGCCAAAACUCCCUGUCUUUCAUCUCCAAUUAUUCCGAAUCUUGAAAUUGAACGUCACCGACAAAUCGGACGGCUCGUAUCUAAACGCGAGAACCCUCGGUCGUAUCGAAAUCAAGAACCCUAACUCGAAGUUAUCACUGAAUUACGGCGAUAUCGAGAUCAAAAUCGCCGCUGGAGAAGGAACUCAAACUGAAUUAGGAUCAACGAUUUUGCGAAGCUUUGUUCAAUCUAAUGAGAACAAGACGAGUUUGAAGAUCGAAACUAUAGUCAGCAAUGAAACAGUCGACAGCGGAGCGGGCUGGAAGUUGAUCUCCGGCAACCGAACCGGCGAGUUAAUAGUGAACGUCGGAGCAGAGACGAAAAUCGGAUAUAUGGUGAAUGGUCGGAGAAUGCCGCCGGUGAAGAUCGAAGUGACGUGCGGAGGCGUGAGGUUGAAAAGUCUCAACAGAGGCGACAUGCCGAAAUGCUCCAUCCAUUUGCGCCGAUGGUUUCUGUAACCAAAAAAGGAAAAAA